CAAACUGUUUAUAAGACUGACAGACUAACACUGCAUUAUCUCCCUUCCUCAGCUGUAUAUUUUCUGAGUCAGCAUUAGCUGAAUUUUCCAGACAGCCAGCUGCGAAAUGUUCUGGGGACGUCAUGUAUUUCCAGCUACUGCCCUUGACCAGUAGAUGCCUUUUUAGCUGAGCAACAAAUAUUUGCUGACAUUCUUUCAGUGAAUCAGUACAGUGGCAUCUAAGUAGCUAUCAAGAAAGCCAUCUCAAACCCACAACAGAGGGACUGGCAAUACACCAUUGUCUUUAACGUAGGAAACAACCCAUCCUGAGUUUUUUCAUUUGUUAUUGGUGCUAAUGAUAAUGGGAACUUAUUCUGGAGUUACCCUGGUUUUCUUCUCAAUCUGGAUUAUGAAAUUCCUAGCUCAAGGCUCUUUCAAUGUGAAAGAUCUCACCAUUCGGGAGUGCAGGACCGCAGGCAUAACCCUAAUUUCUCAUCCAAACAAACUGAAUUUCUCAGAAGCAGAAAGUGCAUGUAGACAGCUAGGGUUACAGCUGGCAAGCAAAACCCAGGUUGAGAAGGCCCGGAAUCAUGGCUUUGAAACAUGCAGCUUUGGAUGGGUGGCAGAUAAAUGGCUUGUCAUUUCUCGGGUUAUCCCAAAUCCAAAAUGUGGUCAGAACAAAACUGGAGUAGCAGAUUGGAAAGUCCCUCUCUACCGCAAGUAUCAUGGUUUCUGCUUCAAUUCUUCAGAUAUUUGGAUUGAUUCAUGCAUACCAGAAACAGGUACAACCCUGUUACCUGCAACAGAUCCAGAAAUAAACUCAUCUUCAACAGCUUCAUCUCAGGGCAUCACAGAGAUGCCUACUGCUCCUGAGUCACCAAAACCCCAAAUACGUCAGAAGACCUUUCGUAUAAAAUGUGUAACGGAAACCAUUUUACCAACAGUACAGACUACUUGGGAAAGUGAAGAGGAGAUGGCAGUGCCUAAUGGAAACCAAGCUGCCUUUACAAAUGAUAGUGUUGUAUUUGGAGGUGUACCUAUCGCACUCCUUGUGCUGGCACUCAUCUUUUUUAUAGCAUCGGCUGUUCUUGCAGUCUGCUAUAUCAAAAAAUACAAGAAAACCUUCCCAUUCUCAAACAAGGAGCCGCAAAAAGAAAGGAUUGAAGCCAAAGUCAUCAAAGAAGCUAACUCAAGUGACAGUGCUCCUGAGAAGGAACCAAAGAAUAAUGGGAAAAAGGCAGAAGAGCCUCAAACCAAGCCUGAGGCCACAGUAAAAUGUGUGGAAGCAGAAGUUUGAAAGGAUAAAUAUAACAGCAAGUUUGACAGAUUUAAAAUGAAGAAUUCAGAAUUACCAAACCAUUUAUAAAUCGUUUCAGUUUCCCCAUCUUAAAAAGGGGAUAAUGAUAUCUACCUCUCUUUGUAAAGUGCUUUGAAAAAGCACUACAUAAGAGCUAGGGUGUUAUAUUACUGUAAAUACUGGCAAGGUGAAUGCAUAUUCCUUAGUUCAAACGUUUGUACAAUCAGCAUUGUAUGACUAUUAAUUACACUUCCUCUUUUUGGUAUAAAAUGUUCUUUUGCAGAAACAUGGUAUCUUAUUCAUAUUAAUAUUAAAAAAACAAACAAACAAUCAUCUCACAACUCAACAUUUUCCAUCUUAACAAGAAGUAACUAAGUCUAAGAAUGCCUUGUUGAUUGAGAUACAGUGUAUAAUUGUUUGCAUAAAAUUCAGAUCAACACAUCUAAAAUAAAAUGCAUGUUUCUUUCUAUCCUGUAGGUUGUCUGCUAAUGUAAUAGCAUCCACAAUUAAUACCUGAUCCUGCAACCCUUACACAUUCAGACAAUUCGUAUUCAGGCAUUGAGUUCAAAAGGACUGCUGGCAUGAGUGGGGAUUACUCAGGUAAGGGUUGCAGGAUCAGCCCCUUAGCCUGUAAGUUCCCAAACAAGGGUACUUUUAGAUUUACUAUAAAGAUAAGUAAGAUAUUUAUACUGAGUAUAAUGUAAUCAACAAUGAAGUAUUUUCUUGGGUAUAUCACUGUAUCAUAAUUUACAAUUUUAUUUAUUAAACUCAAGACUGCAUCAUUCUUCUUCAGAAAACUGACAGAAAAAACACCUUUAAAACUGUAUCACAAUCUGUAUCAUAAAGGUCUCUGAUGUCUAUUUCAAUGUGUUUUCAAAAGAAAAGGAUACCCAGUGGCGUGGGAAGUUUACAGCAUUUAAUAAGAAAAUAAAGUACAGUAGAUAUA